UUAAGACGGCGUAGGCGUAGCAGCUCAGCUCACUUCACACUGUCGUCACCUACUGCUCCGUCCCCCACACCGCGACGCUGCACCCCCCCAAACUCCCGCGAGAUCCAGAGCCUAAAACGCCACAAGCAGCCCGGGACCCGCGAAGCAAGGAAGGGGGAAAUGGCGGGCGGCGGAGGCAGCGGCGCGUACAGGGCGGAGGACGACUACGACUACCUGUUCAAGGCGGUGAUCAUCGGCGACUCCGGCGUCGGCAAGUCCAACUUGCUGUCGCGGUUCACCAAGAACGAGUUCUGCCUCGAGUCCAAGUCCACCAUCGGGGUCGAGUUCGCCACCCGCAGCCUCCAGGUCGACGGCAAGGUCGUCAAGGCCCAGAUUUGGGACACCGCCGGUCAGGAGAGAUACCGUGCUAUCACGAGUGCCUAUUAUAGAGGAGCAGUAGGCGCAUUACUUGUCUAUGAUGUCACUCGCCGUUCGACAUUCGACAAUGUGGCGCGCUGGCUAAAAGAGCUGAGGGAUCACACUGAUCCUAGCAUUGUUGUCAUGCUAGUUGGCAACAAAUCUGAUCUCCGCCACUUGGUGGCUGUUUCAACUGAAGAUGGCCAGGAGUAUGCCGAGGCUGAGUCACUGUACUUCAUGGAAACGUCUGCAUUAGACGCGACAAAUGUAGACAACGCUUUUGCAGAAGUUUUGACUCAGAUAUACCAAAUUGCAAGCAGGAAGACGGUUGAUGCAGGAGAGGAUGGCUCAGCUGCCCCUAGCAAAGGGGAGAAGAUAAAUGUGAAAGACGACGUGUCUGCAUUGAAGAGAGUCGGCUGUUGCUCAAAUUAGGGUACUAUAUAGAUGCAUUGUCUGUUGAGUCUGCAACUAGUUGGUGCUGCUUCUGCUGCAACAGAUUUAUGCAUCCUCUCUUUUUGCUGCGGUGAUUAUGAGGGUUAGAUUGAUGCAGUUUUCUCCUGAAACCAUUAUGUAAGAUUGAUUGUGAUAUUCGAUUUGAACUAAAUACCCAGACUUUACCGAGAAAUACUUGUCUCCGAAACAGGUUUAUGCUUCUAUUUUA